AUGGCGAGUGCGAGCGCGAGCGCGAAGAAGAAGAAAGCUCACUGGGUGGUCAGCUUCGCCGCGGGGUUCUGCUCUGGCGCCACCGAGGUCUCGGUGACGAUGCCCUUGGACACUGUGAAGACCUUCUGCCAGGUGAACCGUACGGGCAUGGGGCCCGUCGCCGGCGCGCAGCAAAUCUACCAGCUGAAAGGUGUGCAGGGCUUCUACUUCGGUCUGCCCGCGGUGCUGCUCCAGGUGGCGGGGAAAGGCGCCAUUCGCUUUACGGCGUUUGAGCAGUUCAAGUUCCUGCUGCAGCUGGCGCCGGUGCCCAACGCCUCCGUGGACUUCCUCGCCGGCAUUGGCGCGGGCUUCGCCGAGGCCUUCCUGUGGACCACGCCCACGGAGCGGCUGAAAGUGCUGCGCCAGAACGACAUCAAGUCCGGGCUGAACAGAUACUCUAGCCUUGUGGGCUCGGUGAAGACUGUUGCCACUGAGCACGGCAUCACCGGCCUCUACGCAGGCAUAGGCGCCACCGGCAUCCGACAAGCCUCCGGCGUGGGGGUGCGCUUCGCGCUGUACGGGCACGUGAAGGCGGCGCUCACCACGGACCCCCCGCAGAUAUGGCAGUCUGCAGUCGCAGGAGGCAUCACAGGCUGCGCCAGCACGCUGCUGAAUAACCCCAUCGAUGUGAUCAAGUCGCGGAUAGAAGCGCAAGAUGGAAAGACCAAGGAGUACACAGGCACCAUCCAAGCCUUCCGAGCCAUUCUUAAGGAAGAAGGGGUCACGGCCUUCUACAAGGGCAUCGCCCCGAGGCUCAUGAAGAUCUCCAUCGGCCAGGCCAUCACCUUCACCGCCUACGAGGGUGAUUUGGCGCUGCCAAAUUUCCGCGCCAUCGCAACUCUGCGCGCGCAGCCACCGGAUGGCGCAGAAAGGCCCGCAACCUUCCAACCGAAGAAGACCAAGGUGCUGGUGAAGGGCCAGCUCUGCGGGAAGUUCUUCGGGGAGUGUGAGGUCAGCACGCGCACCGUGGAGUUCUCGAUCAAGCUCUACGACUGCGGGCACUUCUACAUGAAGCAGACGCUGCCGGGCUCUGGCGCCUCACCUUACUGGGUCAUCUUCGAGGGCCGGUGGCAGACCACGGAGAAAGGCAUUGCCAUGGAGUAUCUCUUCCGCUAUGCCUGGCAGAUCGCGAAGACGCGGCUCAUGCCCGACUUCGCACUGGAGGCGGUUCCCAAAGAUCACAGGAGCCGUUUGGCCUGGUGCGGGGAGAUCCCGGAGCAGCAGCUCAACGGCUCGGUGCCAGCCAUUGUGGGGGAAGAACCCUUCUGUUGGAUCGAGGUGUGCCGGGAACCUGACGUGGUGGAGCGUGGGAAGGCGCGCUUCAAUGAGGAAGAAGACGACAUCCCUGCACCUGCGGCCCCUGACGCGACAGAGGAGGGACCUCCCGCGUCCGGCGCGGCCCGCCGGAGGGCAGCGCCGGGCGGAGCGGGCGGAUCGGCCAGCGGGGGAGCCGACGUCGAACUCCCAGGAUGA